AUGGAGGAGGGGAAGUGCGUGGGCAGCGCGCCGGAGGCCCCGUGCGUGUGCCCGGAGGGUUCUGUCGCCGUGGCAGCUGCCUCCUUCACAGACCAGCUGCCGAGCGCCUCCACCGUGGCCUCUCCCGCUCGCAGCGAGGGACUGGAGGAGGCCCCCCCCGCCCCCUCCUCGCCUUCCUCGUCCUCCGCUGCCGCCGCUGCCGCCGCCGCUGCCGGUGCUCCCGGCGCAGCAGCAGCAGCAGGCGCUGCUGGGGCUGCUGGCGGGUGCUGGGCGUGCGUGCCGACGCUGUCGGACUUUUGCUGGGAGUACGGCCGGCGGGUGGCGCUGUGGGCGCGUUCGGAGUGCGGGGGCGGGUCGCCGGAGGCGCCGGCCGAGGUGGACAGCAAGCGGGAGCUGGUGCAGCAGUGGCUGCAGCGUCCGGCGCGGCGGCAAGCCGCGGCGGCGGAGGCGGAGCGGGCGUGCCACGUGGAGGGCCAGAACGAGUACAACAUCUGCAAAGGCGCCGCGUGCAGGUUCAAACACCGGCUGCCGACGCGGGCGGACGAGGGCGAGCUGGAGUGGAGCCGCGACGUGUUUGGCCGCGAGCGCCACCGCGAGCACCGCGAGGACAUGGGCGGGGUGGGGAGCUUCGCGGCGGAGUGCAGGACGCUGUUCGUGGGGGGCCUGCGGCUGCCGGCCGGGGCCUCCGCGGGGCUUCGGGAGUUGGAGGAGUUCCUGUGGGGGGCCUUCGCCGUCUGGGGCGACCUCGAGAGCCUCCGCGUGGUCCCCAAGAAGCUCAUCGCCUUCGUCACCUUCGCCUACAGGGUCCAGGCGGAGUUCGCGAAGGUGGCCAUGGCGGACCAGCCCUGCGGGCCCUUCGCGCCGCUCCUCACCGUCAAGUGGGCCCACCAGGAGGCCCCCAAGCGGGGCCCCCUCUUCCAGGACCCCCCCAGAAACCCCAAGCCCCGCAGGGAACUCGGCGCGCCCCCGCCGCGUCCGCACGAGCGCCUCGCCGCCCAGGCCCUCCACAGCUACUGCGCAGCCUGGCAAAACUACUGGGCUGCCGCCGCCCACGUCCAGGUCCAGCACCACCCGCAGCAGCACCAGCACCACCACCAGCACCAGCACCAGCAGCAGCAGCAGGUGCUGCACCAGGACGUGCUGCGCCAGGACGCGCUGCACCAGGACGCGCUGCACCAGGACGCGCUGCACCAGGACGCGCUGCAGCAGCAGCACGAGGUGCGCAAGCGCCAGAGGCAGCUGCAGGGGAGGGAAGCCAGUGAGGGGGAGGCACCUGAAGCACAGUGGCCACAGGAAGACCCCGAAACUGCUAAUGCAAAUGUGGAACGCCUCAUGAAUGUUUUGAGCCGCGUUGAAGGACUUUCCACUGCCGACUUCCUCAGUGCCGGGACGCGGGGUGUACAGACAGCUGAGCCCUGA